AUGAAUUCUUAUGAAAAAGGCGACCAACUCGAAAAAGAAAUCACAGAACUUUUUAAAGGUAGUAACAUCGAACUACGUCGUAUAAGUGGACGGCCUGCCGUGAACGUUCUUCUCUGUUUUCGAAAAGCAGACUGGCAUAUACAAGAGCCGGGAGAUGGUGGGAUUGAUCAUUUUGGUGGUUAUAAAGGAUAUACAAUUAUAGUCCAAUGUAAAAAUUAUGGUGAGCCUAGAUCAAUUGGGCCGAAAUUUUUGCGUGAAUUAGAAGGUGUUUUAUCCAGAUAUAAUAAAUGUACAACAAUUGGUAUCUUAAUAGCCCCUUCAAAAGCAAGUUUCAGUAUAAGGACAAUUAGUAGGGCUGAAUCAUCGGAACAUAUCAUCAUCCUAACGGAUAGCAUAAAUGCUUAUUCAGAUUUGGUUCGGUUUGUUGAUUCUCGACCAUCCUAUUUCUACAUCAAUGGAGGAUAG